GUGAUAUGGUCCUUGACUCGUCUCUCAAAGCACUUCAUGAUGACGGAAGUGAGUGCUACGGGGCGGUAGUCGUUUAGCUUAGUUACCUUAGCUUUCUUGGGAACAGGAACAAUGUUGGCCCUCUUGGAGCAUGUGGGAACAGCAGACUGGGAUAAGGAUUGAUUGAAUAUGUCCGUAAACACCCCAUCAGUAUAGUUCAACACACAGGCUUGUACAAUUGACCUCUUAAUAGUUGUAAUGUGUCGACACUGAUCCUUAAUCUCAAGCUAAAGCAAAACAUCAAGCGUUGUACUUUCGUAAUUACAGGUGUUCUUAAGUAACAGUUAGUAUGUCUUUUCCACACCCAAGCAUCUUCCUAUAAUGUACAGCUAUUAUAAAAUUCAUUCCAGUGACCUGCGCAGAAUUCAUCAUGACUGGUGUGGCGAAGACAUGUCAUCACUGUCUGUCUAAGAUGGCCAGUAAUGCCUACUUUGUGGUGGGACUUCUGUUCUUUCUUGCCGUUCCUCUCACCAUGGCGUUUGUAGGUGUGAAGUCUAUAGACGACUGCCCUGUUCAGCCAAUGAUUCCUCUCUACCUGCUGGUGGGCGGGGUUAUUGGCAGUGUAAAGGUCACGCUGCUCCUGUACGACACCACCCGCAUGAGGUCGCUCAUCUCCAAGUCGGUCGUCAUCGGCGACGACGAUGCCGACGAGUAUCCAUGGAGACAGAACGCAAACAAGUAUUACGUGCACGUCAUCCUCAGCCUGUUCCUGUUCGUCUGGUUCCUCCUGGGGAACUACUGGGUGUUCUCUGUGUUCCAGCCUAACUUCAUCACACCCUUCCACCAGCCACAGGACUACUGCAGGAAGUCUCUGUACCUAUUUGCUGUGUUUGUGUUGACGCUCAGCCACACCGUGCUGCUCCUGCUACUCUGCUGUGGGGUCUGUUUACACGUCUGCUCUCAGACCAGCACCAGGGACGACUACGAGGAUAGUGAUGAAGACUGAGUGACUGACUGGCUGGCUGGAUGACUGACUCAGAGAAGCAUACAGAUGUAGGAUUUUAAUUUGAUCAUCCUGUUUUUGCAGGAAUAUUCCUGCGCAGCAGGAAAUACAAGCUUGUAGUGUAUCUGAGUUUUAAAAGGGCUUCUGAAGUUUGUAAUUUCCACUUUGAAAUUUCAGACUUGAUUUUCCCUUACAAAAAUUAUACUGUAAUGUCCAGUAAUUAUAAUCCACAUAAUAAUUUACAUUUCCUGUAUAUUUUCCUUCUGUAGCAAACUGUCUCAAAUAAAGAUCCUACAUCUGUACAGAAAGAUUGUAGAGCACUGGGGCAUUGCAGUUAGAUGGUUCUGUAGUUAGUAGAACAGUGGAGCAUUGCAGUUAGAUGGUUCUGUAGUUAGUAGAACAGUGGAGCAUUGCAGUUAGAUGGUUCUGUAGUUAGUAG